GGAUGAGAGAUCUAAUGUCUUCCGUCGUCUUAGAAGACACAGUUUACUACGCUCAUAUAUUGAGAAAAUGUUCCAGAUUUCAUAAUGGUUUUCAUAAAAUGACAUGAAUGAGGGACAAGGAUCCAAGAUUUUUGACGGUUUCAAUGAUAAUCUUAUGAUAGACUCCAGAAGACUUUACAAUGGCAUCUCUUUCUGUAGAGGAAGAAAACUAUGUUCGAAUGAGUUUGUUACUGACAGGAAUUUCUCCACGUGCAGCAAGAACCUUAUUUGAUUAUGAGUUUGCUCCAGCAUGUUUAGAAGCCUCACUGAAGAAAGAGUAUAACACACUGUUUGACUUAAAAAAGAAGCACAGAAUCAACCAAUCACAGUGGAACCUUCUGUUUCCAAGAUUUCCUGAUGUACCAGAUUCUAAAAAUUUUGAUGUGACUCUAAUAAUAACAUUACUGAGAAACUUGAUUCCAAUGUCUCCUCCUAGUUGUGGAUUUGACCAUUUACCUGCUGCCAUGGAAACCACACCAGCUGCAGAUUUAGCAAGAAUAAAACACUACAGGAAUAACCUAGCUCAUCUGGAUAAUGGCAAAAUAGAUAUUACUUUCUUCAACACAGCAUGGAAUGAUCUUACUGGUGCCAUUGGAAGAUUAGGUGGUCAACAAAUGAGGCAGGAGUGUGAUCAUAUGAAAACCAAACCUUUAGAUCAAAACAAUGAAGAAAUAAUACUGGACAUCAAACAUUCUAGAAAAGAAGUCCAGUUGCUAAAAGACUCAUUAGAAAGUCUGAAGCUGUCACAUACGGAAAUGAUAAAAUCUCAUGAAUCACUUCAAGAAAACCAUGCAGUUGUGACAAAAGAAAUAGAAGAAAUAAAGAUCUAUCAGAUAGAUACUGUACCUUGGAAUAUUAGAGUUAGAAUUAACAAUACACUUAAAGCCUGGAAGGACCAUGAUGAAGAGAUGUUCAUAAACACAAGAGCUGCCCAGCAUGUAUUCAAAUGUAUACAGGAAAACAGUUGUGUUGCUAUUACUGCUAGUUUUGGUGUGGGAAAAACAUCCACUCUUCGACAUACAGCUCUACAAUUGGCAGAAGAGGGGUACGAUGUUCUUCUUGUGACAGAGCCAAGUGACAUUGUUAGGUUUAACAAUCCAAAUCAGAAAACAUUGUUUGUUAUUGAUGAUUUAUGUGUAAACUUUUCAGUUGACAAGAGUGACAUUAAAAGUUGGGAACCAGUUAUGGAGGAUAUAAAGCAGAUUCUUGAUCAAAAACAUACAAAAAUACUCACAGCUUGUCAGUUACAAGUGUACCAAGAUGAACAGUUUGAUUCUUUAUCAGUUUUCAAGUCAUGUGUAUGUAACAUGUUAUCAGAAAGCAUUUGUUUGUCAACAACCGAAAAGCAUUCAAUAGCUAGGUUGUAUCUCAAAGCAAAAGCCUCUGAGAUUGUUGACUAUUAUAAUUUAUAUGACUGUUUUCCACUUUUAUGUCAAUUGUACCAUGAUAGUCCUAAACUUAAUGUUUCAGAUUUUUUCCAGAAUCCAUUUUCAGUUUAUGAAGUAGAGAUUGACAAGCUACUGAAGAAAGGGUAUCACACUAAAUACUGUGCUUUGGCUUUAUGUGUCAUGUUUAACAACGAGUUGAAUGAAGAAAUCUUGACAGGAGAAGUGAAUGAAGUAGCCAAAACUAUCAUCGAGAACACGUGUGAGUCAUGUCAAUUAGAUAGAGGAACAUCUAGACUUGUUUUACAAAAUGAACUAAACUCACUUACAAAUACAUUCAUAAAAAAAGAACGAAACGUUUACAGGACUAUACAUGAUAAAAUAUUUGACUUUUUAGCUUACUACUUUGGAUGCAAAAUAAUCCCUUGCUUGAUAAAGAACGCAGACAUUGGUUUGAUCAAGGAACGAUUUUUAUUAGAAAGAAAGGAGGACAUGGACAAGUUUAUUACUAUUAUACCACUAAAGUAUCAUCACCUGUACAUACAGAGAAUGAUUGAUGACUGGUCAAAGGGAAAAGUAGAAGAUGUAUUUGAUAACAUCAAUAUGAAGAUACCUCAGUUCAGACAGAAACUUCUCUCCUAUCUGAAAACCCUGAAUGUAUCUCACCAGAGACAGCUGGCAAAUAUCUUUGAUAAACCAUAUAAUCAACCUUUUUAUGUGAGGGUUGAAGUUGAGGAUGAUACCUAUGAUACUGCUUUAUUACAUUAUUGUUAUAUAGGAGAUAUAUCUUUGAUAGAGUGGUGUUGUAAUCAUGGUGUUGAUGUAAACAGGUGUUCCCAUAAUGGCCAGUCACCCAUCAUGAUUGGGUGUGAACAAGGUCAUAAAGAAGUGGUUAAAAUGCUAUUAGACAGAGGAGUAGACUGUAAUAAAUGUGACUGGAGGGGUCAGUCACCUGUAAUGAAAGCUUGUGAACAAGGUCAUACAGAAAUAAUAAAGAUGUUGCUAGACAGAGGAGCAGACUGUAAUAAAUGUGACAAGAAGGGUCAGUCACCAGUAAUGAAAGCUUUUGAACAAGGUCAUACAGAAAUAGUAAAGAUGUUGUUAGACAGAGGAGCAGACUGUAAUAAAUGUGACAAGAAGGGUCAAUCACCUGUAAUGAAAGCUUGUGAACAAGGUCAUACAGAAAUAGUAAAGAUGUUGUUAGAUAGAGGAGUGGACAGUGAUAAAUGUGACACCUGGGGGCAGUCACCUAUAGACAUGGCUUGUGAACAUGGUCAUACAGAAAUAGUAAAGAUGUUAUUAGACAGAGGAGCAGACUAUAAUAAAUGUGACUGGGAUGGUGAGUCACUUGUAAUGAAGGCUUGUAAACAUGGUCAUACAGAAAUAGUAAAGAUGUUGUUAGACAGAGGAGCAGACUGUAAUAAAUGUGACAAGAAGGGUCAAUCACCUGUAAUGAAAGCUUGUGAACAAGGUCAUACAGAAAUAGUAAAGAUGUUGUUAGAUAGAGGAGUGGACAGUGAUAAAUGUGACACCUGGGGGCAGUCACCUAUAGACAUGGCUUGUGAACAUGGUCAUACAGAAAUAGUAAAGAUGUUAUUAGACAGAGGAGCAGACUAUAAUAAAUGUGACUGGGAUGGUGAGUCACUUGUAAUGAAGGCUUGUAAACAUGGUCAAAAAGAAAUGGUAGAUAUGUUAUUAGACAGAGGUGCAGACUGUAAUGAAUGUGAUGAAAAAGAUAAGUCACCUGUAGUGAUGGCUUGUGAACAUGGCCAUACAGAAAUAGUAAAAAUGUUAUUAGACAGAGAGGCGGACUGUAAUGAAUGUUACAGCUUGGAGGUGGCUUGUGAACAUGGUCAUAUGGAAAUAGUAAAGAUUUUAUUAGACAGAGGAGCAGACUGUAAUACAUUUAACUGGUUUCAUGAGUCACUUUUAAUGAAGGCUUGUAAACAUGGUCACACAGAAAUAGUUAAGAUGUUGUUAGACAAUGGAGCAGACUGUAAUAAAUGUGACCGGAUGGAUCAGUCACCUGUAAUGAAAGCUUGUUAUUAUGGUCAUACAGAAAUUGUAAACAUGUUGUUAGACAAAGGAGUAAAAUGUGAUAAAUGUGAUGAAUAUGGUCAGUCAACUGUAAUGAAGGCGUGUAAACAUGGUCAUACAGAAAUAGUAAAGAUAUUGUUAGACAGAGGAGCAGACUGUAAUAUAAGUGACAAAUGGGGACAGUCACCAUUAAUGGUGGCUUGUGAGCACGGUCAUACAGAAACAGGAAAGGUGUUGUUAGACAGAGGAGCAUACUAUAAUAAAUGUGAUGAAGAUGACAAUUCAACUGUAAUGAAAGCUUGUGUACAUGGUCAUACAGAAACAGUAAAGAUGUUGUUAGACAGAGGAGCAGACUGUAAUAAAAGUGAUAAAGAUAACAAAUCACCUGUAAUGAAGGCUUGUGAACAUGGUCAUACAGAAUUAGUAAAGAUGUUGUUAGACAGAGGAGCAGACUGGAAUCAAUGUGACGAAGAUAGCAAGUCACCUAUAAUGAAGGCUUGUAAACAUGGUCAUACAGAAAUAUUAAAGAUGUUAUUAGACAUGGGAGCAGACUGUAAUGAACGUGAUUUGUUUGGUAAGUCACUUAUAAUGAAGGCUUGUAAACAUGGUCAUACAGAAAUCGUAAACAUGUUGUUAGACAAAGGAGCAGACUGCAACAAACGUGAUGCAAAACGCGAGUCACCUGUAAUGAAGGCUUGUAAACAAGGUCAUAUAGAAAUAGUAAAGAUUCUGUUAGACAGAGGAGCAGACUGUAAUAAAUGUGACAGUUGGGGACAGUCACUUAUUAUGGUGGCUUCUGAUAAUGGUCAUACAGAAAUAAUCAAGAUGUUAUUGGACAGAGAAGUCGUCAGUAAUGAAUGUAAGAGGAGGGGUCAGUCACCUCUGAUGAGUGCUACUGAACAUGGUUGCACAGAAGCAGUACAGAUGUUGUUAAACAGAGGAGCAGAUUAUAAUGAAUAUGACAGGGUGGGUCAGUCACUUGUAAUGAUUGCUUCUGAAUGGGGUUAUACAGAAAUAGUAAAUCUGUUGUUAGAUAAAGGAGCAGAUUGUAAUAAAUAUAACAAGAGGGGUCAGUCACCUCUAUUGAUGGCGUGUGAUCGUGGUCAUAUAGAAAUAGUAAAAUUGUUAUUAGACAGAGGAGCAGACACGAAUAAAAGUGACAGCAAUUGGGGACAGUCACCUGUUAUGAUGGCUUGUAAACAUGGGGAAACAGAAAUAGUAAAGAUGUUAUUAGACAGAGGGGCAGACUAUAAUAAAUAUGACAGCUGGGGUCAGGCACCUGUAAUGAUGGCUUGUAAACAUGGUCAUACAGAAGUAGUAAAGAUGUUAUUAGACAGAGGAGUAGAUCAUAAGAGAUGUGACAACUGGGUUCAAUCACCUGUGAAGGUUGCUUGUGAACAUGGUCAUACAGAUAUAGUAGAGAUGUUAUUAGACAAAGGAGCAGACUAUAACAAACGUAACUGGUAUGGUGAGUCACCUGUAUUGAAAGCUUGUGAACAUGGUCAUACAGAAAUACUGAAGAUGCUAUUAGACAGAGGUGCAGACUAUAAUAAAUGUAACAGGAGAAGUCAGUCACCUCUACUUAAAGCCUGUGAACAUGGUCAUACAGAAAUAGUGGAGACUUUAUUAGACAGGGGAGCAGACUAUUUUAAAUGUGACUGUAAUGGUAUGUCACCUGUUAUGAUGGCCUCAUUAAACAGGUACAAUGAUAUAGUCACUUUAAUAAAGGAAAAGUCCAGGAAGAGUUCCAAUUAGUUUAUAUAUGUGAUAAAAUUGUUAAAAUGAUUUUGAAACAUCUGAUAUUACAAAGUAUAUUGACAGGCUUAUAUUAUGUUUGAAUGACGUAUAUAAAUGUGUUGAAGACAAAUGCAAAGUUCAAUACCACUAUACAUGCUAUAGUUAAACAGUAUGUAACUUUUCUUAAGAUAAAUCCUUCGUAAAGAGAUGAGCUACUGUUAUAAAGAUGUAUUCUGACUUUACAAAGAAAUAUGUUGCUACUGGGGACCUUGUUGGUCGGGUAGUUUUAGUAGUUGAUCUACUGUAUCACUAGCCUGUCAAUGCUGGUGUUGUCAGUUCAAAUCCCACCCGUGGCAGGAGUGCACGAUUCCAAUCUUAAUUGACUAGGAUUGUCAGUUUUCCUACCCAAGGUCGUUGUUUCUAUCCGGGGACUCCGUCUCCACCAAACAAUAAAAAACCGCCAUGAAAUAGCAAAAUAGUGCUGAAAGUGCCGAUCAACACCAACCAAUCUAUCAAUCAAUAAGAUACUGUUGUAAUGAUUUUUUCUGAAAUUAUUACGCAAUAUGCUAUUGAUGUUAAGAUUUAUUCUGAUAUUACUCAGCAAUAUGCUAUGGGUGUAAAGAUAUAUUUUGACAGAAUAACACAUAAAGCAAAAUGCUGCUGUUGUAAAUCUUUUUUUGCGGUUAGGGCUUUGCUCAUUGUUGAAGGCAUUACAGUGACCUAUAAUUGUUAAUUUCUGUGUCAUUUAGUCUCUUGAGGAGAUUGUCUCAUUGGCAAUCAUACCACAUCUUCUUAUUUUUAUAUAAGGAGAAAUGGUAAUUUCUAAAAUUAUACAGAAAAAUGCUUUAGUUGUUAAUGUGGUAUCUGAUAUAAUAAAGCAAUGUGCUACUGUUGUUAAGAGUUUCACUGAUUUACUGUUAAUGUAUGUAUAUAUGGUGCAGUUUUAUAUACUAAAUGUUUUUUUACUAAUAUAAGAUAUGCUAUUGUUUGAUAGGGAUGUGCUACUGUUGUAAAUAGAUAUAUGUUUUAUUGUUGUAAAAAUGAAUUUGUUAAUGUUGAAAAAUAUAUAUGUGCUAUUGUUGUAAAUAUAUUAAGUUAUAUUGUGAAAUAAAAGUACAGAUAUCCUUUUA